AUGGCUCCUCCACCGACUGGUCUUGUAAUUCUUGGUCCUCCAGAGAUCAACAAGCCCACCCCACCAUCGCAACCCGAACCCGCCUUCGGUGAUUCGAUGAACGGAUCAAACAGAGCCAGACCCCCAAUGGCCCUCACCGAGAACGGCUCAGCCACCUUCCUCACCUCCUCAAACCCCUGCCUCGAUCUGUUCUUCCACGUCGUACCGGACUCUCCGGCCUCCUAUAUCAACAAACAGCUCCCGCUGGCCUGGGCCCACGACGCCCUCACCACUCUCAAACUCAUCUGCAACCUCAGAGGCGUCCGUGGCACCGGAAAGUCCGACAAGGAAAGCUUCUACACGGCGGCGUUUUGGCUCCACAAAAACCACCCCAAAACCUUCGCCUGCAACCUCGCCUCUUUCGCCGAGUUCGGCUACUUCAAAGACAUGCCCGAGAUUCUGUACCGCCUUCUAGAAGGCCAAGACGUGAGGAAGAACCAAAAGGACCAGUGGUUAAUGAGAAAACGCAGAUGGGGCGGUAGCAAGAGGAGACCAGUGGUUCGGCGAGUGGCACGGAGACGUCGUCCGAGUUAUAAAAUUGGUAAAUCGAAAACCAAAGCGGCGGUCACUCCGGCCAUCAGCAGCCGGAAGAGUGUGCCUAAAGAGGUUCGGGUAAUGAAGGGGAUGGAGAGGGUAAAAAUGGAAAAGGAAACAGCGAGCGCUGAGAGGAAAGAAAAGAAGAUAGCCAUGGCCAAGAAGGCCAUUGCCAGGUACCAGCGUGACCCGGAUUACCGGUUCUUGCACCAGAGGGUUUCAGAUCUUUUCGCAGAGUGCUUGAAGUCCGAUAUAGAAACCUUCAAGUCGGAUGAUAAGCAUAAGAAGAUAACUCUGGCUGCCAAGUGGUGCCCUUCCCUUGACUCCUCCUUCGACCGCGCCACUUUGCUCUGCGAAGCCAUUGCGAGGAAGUUGUUUCCCCGAGAAUCGGACUCGGAAUAUGAAGGUAUGGAGGAAGCACAUUACGCCUACAGAGUCAGAGACCGGCUGAGGAAGGAGGUGUUGGUGCCGCUGAGGAAGGAGUUGCAGUUGCCCGAGGUUUACAUGGGUGCCAACCAAUGGGGUGCUAUUCCGUACAAUCGAGUGGCCUCUGUGGCCAUGAAGCUUUACAAAAGUAAGUUUUUGGAGCACGACAAUGAGAGGUUUAGCAAGUAUUUGGAGGACGUGAAAGCAGGCAAGUCCACAAUUGCGGCGGGUGCUUUGCUUCCGCAUGAGAUCAUAGCCCAACUGAAGAAUAUAAGGUGGUCUUCUUCUUACGAUGACCAGAAUGACGAUGACAAGGAAGAUCAAGUGGCCUUGCUUCAGUGGAAGAAAAUGGUGGAUGACAUGCUAAAGGAAGGGAAGCUGAAGAAUAGCUUGGCUGUAUGUGACGUCUCAGGAAGCAUGGCUGGAACCCCAAUGAAGGUGUCUGUGGCUUUGGGAUUGUUGGUGUCCGAACUGAGUGAAGAGCCAUGGAAGGGAAAGGUCAUCACUUUCAGUGAAAACCCUCAGCUGCAUUUGAUAGAAGGGGAUGAUCUUAGGUCCAAGUGUGAAUUUGUGACGAUGAUGGACUGGGGCAUGAACACUGAUUUCCAAAAGGUGUUUGAUUUGCUUCUCCAAGUGGCAGUGAAUGGGAAUUUGAAGCCAGAGCAUAUGAUCAAGAGGAUCUUCGUGUUCAGCGACAUGGAGUUCGAUGAGGCUUCGAGCAAUAGUUGGGAGACUGAUUAUGAGGUAAUACAGAGGAAGUAUAAGGAGAAAGGGUACGAGAAUGCAGUGCCACAGAUCGUGUUUUGGAAUCUGAGGCAUUCUAUGUCUACGCCAGUACCGAGUACAGAACCAGGGGUGGCGCUGUUGAGUGGCUUCUCCAAGAAUUUGAUGAAGAUAUUCUUGGAUGGUGAUGGGGAAAUUCGCCCGGAUCUUACCAUGGAAGCAGCCAUCUCCGGCGAAGAGUAUCAGAAGCUGGUUGUGAUAGAUUGA